CUCUCCUCGGCGGCCGGGAUGCGGCGGCGGUCGGUGCUUCUGGCGCUGGGCCUGGCCCUGGCGGCGCUGGGCGCGGCGGGCGGGGAGCACCGCGCCGAAUACGACCGGGAGGCCCUGCUGGGAGGACAGGAGGAGGCGGAGGAGUACGCGCGGCUGAGCCCGGAAGAGCAGCAGCGGCGGCUGAGGGCCAUCGUCAGGAAGAUCGACACGGAGGCGGACGGGCUCCUCACGGCGGAUGAGCUGAGUGCCUGGAUACAGCAAUCUUUCAAACAUUAUGUUACCCAAGAAGCUAAGCAACACUUCAAUGACUAUGACAAAGAUGGUGAUGGAUUGGUGUCUUGGAAGGAGUAUAAUUUGCAAAUGUAUGAUCGUGUAAUUGAUUUUGAUGAGGAGACUGUGCUGGAGGAUCAAGAAGAGGAAUCAUUCCGACAGCUUCAUUUAAAGGAGAAAAAGCGUUUUGAAAAAGCUAACAGAGAUGAUAAUCCGUAUCUAAACGUGGAGGAAUAUAUUGCUUUUGAACAUCCUGAAGAAGUGGAGUAUAUGACGGACUUUGUCAUUCAGGAGGCUUUAGAAGAGCAUGAUAAAGAUGGUGAUGGAUUUGUUAGCCUGGAAGAAUUCCUUGGUGAUUACAGAAGAGACCCAACUGCAAGGGAAGAUCCAGAAUGGAUACUUGUUGAGAAGGAUCGGUUUGUGAAUGACUAUGACAAGGAUAAUGAUGGAAAACUCAACCGUCAGGAGCUGUUGUCUUGGAUAGUACCUAAUAAUCAAGGGAUUGCAGAGGAGGAGGCUCUCCACCUUAUUGAAGAAAUGGAUUUGAAUGAUGAUAAAAAGCUUUCUGAAGCAGAAAUUCUUAAGAACCAGGAUUUGUUCCUGAACAGUGAGGCGACGGAUUAUGGGAGGCAGCUUCAUGAUGAACGUUUCUACCAUGAAGAACUUUAGGUUAUUUAUUUUGUGAUCUGUUUUUCUUCCCUUUCUUUCAUUUGGAACUUCUGUUAAAAGCACCCAUCGGCUAUGUCACAAGUUGUAUUCUGUAACUAUGGUACACUAAUGUUUGUGUAAAUAAUUUGCAUUCAAAAAUUGGUUGUCCUCCUGCAGACUCGCUGGGCCUUUUCUAGCCUUCAAAAUUAAUCUUAAAUACUGACUUCCAAAAUCCUAUAGUGUUGGGAAAGGUAUUCCUUAAGGUGCAGUACUGCAGUGUGAAGGGUUGUUUUACUCUACGUGGAAGAAAAUGAAGAAUCUAAAGGAUUCUGAAAGAAUGCAAAACAGUAACUGAGAGACUACUAUUUUUUCUAAUUGGUUUAACUAGGGAAGGGGUUGAAGAAGAUGGGGAGAUGUUUACAGUCAGUAUUAACUGUGUUUUAUUUAAUACGUUUGGAGAAACACUUAGAUUAAUGCCUCAAUUGUUUAAGAGGUUUCUACUUAAUUUUUAAAUGGUUUGUAUACUGUGUUUUCAUAUCAUAAAACUUGCUAUUUUUACAUCAGUAGACAGUAAUUGUUUUUAAUGUACAAUUCUACAGCGUUAGCAAUACAAUGGUAUUUUCCAGUGUUAAGACUCUCGUUAUUUGUUGGAUUAAAACUUAAAAUAUUCUGU